AUUUUAGCAUACUGUAAAUGCCUGUGCAUAAUGUGCAUAACAGAGCAUCAUUAUUUUCAUUAUCUUCAAAGGAAUUCUGUAGAAGCAGCCUUUAUUUUCAGACUCUGCAGGCCUGCUGGGAGGAAACAUAUUACAAUAAACAGAAGAAGCUCAUGGUCCACUAUCUGCUGCUCCAGAGUCAAGGCCAGGUCCCUCCCCAUGUCACCAUGGAGCACAUGAGCAACUGGCUGGUGUCUCAGGGCAAAAAAUCUCUUAGGGAGAGGGUGUGGAAGGAAACCCUGGAGGAAGGAAACGACCUCGCUCGGCUGGCCUGGGAAGUAAACACUUGCCUAAAAAUGAUGAACAUAGAGCACGAGGCUUUCUGCAAGCUCCGCCGCUCCAUGCACCCCACCUCGCCAGCUGACAUCGAUCCUAAGGUCCACAGCAUCGUGCAGAGAGCUGUGAGGAGCAUUCUGGGCGAGCAGUCCAAAGAGCCCAGUAGCAACCUGCUCAGCCCAUCUCAGGUGGUGGUGGAGGUGGUGCCCAGGCUCCUCCUGGCCCUGUGGCUUCAGCCAGAGGAAGGCCAUUCAGAGCACCCAAUCCUAAUAAGCGGGAUGGCCGUGGGCAUGGUGGCGGCCGUAGUGGAGAAGCUCUCCUGCAUGUUAAAGGACCCUUCCCCUCACAUCCCUUUCUCCCGGGCUGCUGCUUUUGACUCUGUGCGGUCGAUCCUCGGGAGAAUCAGUCAGUCCUUCUCCACCGAUGACCUGCAGAGUCCUUUUUACAUCUGUCUGUACCUUUGUGGCAGAAGAGUUGCAGAGCUGCUUCCAGCCCCCGCCAGCCACCCUACCAGUUCCCCCUGUCAUCGUGGUGGCCGUUUCCACCACACUACCAGCUGACAUCC